CAGCGGAGCCGAGCCGAGCCCGAGCCCGAGCCGAGCCCUGACACUGUCCGUCCGCCUUCUGGCUCCCCAGGAGCCCAGACUGGCCGGAGCCCAAGAGGUGGCAGCGCGGGGAGCCCCACGCGCGAAGUGAGCGGACCGGACGGGACGGGGCUAGAGGAGGCGCUGCCGCCACAGUAGCCAGUGACGGGGGUGCGGAGCCGCGGCCUCCGGGACCCUGCUGCCCAGGCCGGCCGGGGAGCGCGGGGAGUACGAAAACCCCACCCUCUGGGGCACCCCAGGAGCGGAGGCGGGCGCGGGGACGGGAGCCACCUCUCUCCUUGUGGAAGAGAAGACCCUUACCAUCCGGGUGAGGGAAAGAAGAGAUCCCUAUAGGGGACAAGUCUCUCCUUCCUGGAGGCGAGGAAAAUCCCCAUACUGGCCUGGGAAUAGACCUCCAGAAGUAAAAGGGGGACGAUCCUUUCUAAGGAAGCGGAGUGAGACCGCCCCGCGUGCCUCCACCCCUCCAAACACACUCUCAGCACUUCGGGACUUUUGAGGCAAAGAGAAAGGGGGCAAGCCUGUGGAAUAGGCGCCCUGCAUCCUCUCCAGUACUCACAGAAGCAGGGGACACUCCAGGGAAAGAAGAGGAAUCGGCUUUCAGCCUUUCGGGAGAGGGGAAGGACUCCCCCUCAACUUCCUUGUACCUAGACAGUGGAACAGGGCAGAGCCCCUCCGCUCAGAUCUCUAGCAGACCGAAGGAGCCCUCCACUCCCGAAAGAUCCAGUUUGGGGGGGAGGGGGACUCCCCCAAGGGGGAGGAGACAACUCCUGGUUGGGAGAGGCUCCUCCCCUCCUCCCCGGCGUCACUGGCAGGGUGUGGGGGGUGUGCCACCUGCCCCAGGUGGGACCUCCUUCUCCUCCUCCCCCGCCUCCUUCUCCUCCCCCUCCUCCUUCUCCCUCCGCCCCUCAUCCUCAGGGGACCCAGAUCCCCUCUCCAGCUUGGAAGGCUCGGCCAAGUACAGGAAGAGCCACUGAGUAUGAGACUCUUCAUCUGCCUUUGAAGAGGGGGAACCCUCCAACCCCAAACUCCAGUACCAGGCGUUUCCCUCCCUUUGCUGGGGGAACCUCGGAGACAGAACCAAGAAGAACCAUGGCUUCUGACCUAGAGAGUAGCCUCACUUCCAUAGACUGGCUCCCCCAGCUGACCCUCCGCGCUACCAUUGAGAAGCUUGGGAGUGCCUCCCAAGCUGGGCCUCCAGGGGGCAGCCGCAAGUGUCCACCAGGCUCACCCACAGAUCCUAAUGCCACCCUGAGCAAAGAUGAGGCAGCAGUCCACCAGGAUGGCAAACCACGAUACAGCUACGCCACCCUCAUCACCUACGCCAUCAACUCCUCCCCAGCCAAGAAGAUGACCCUCAGUGAGAUUUACCGCUGGAUCUGUGAUAACUUCCCCUAUUACAAGAAUGCUGGCAUUGGCUGGAAGAAUUCAAUUCGGCACAACCUUUCCCUCAACAAGUGUUUCCGGAAGGUGCCCAGACCUCGGGAUGACCCUGGGAAGGGCUCUUAUUGGACAAUUGACACCUGUCCUGACAUCUCCCGAAAGAGAAGACACCCUCCAGAUGAUGAUCUAUCCCAGGACUCACCAGAACAGGAGGCAAGCAAGAGUCCCCGGGGAGGUGUUCCAGGGAGUGGAGAAGCCUCACUGCCUCCUGAGGGGAAUCCCCAGAUGUCACUUCAGAGCCCCACAUCUAUCGCCAGCUACGGCCAGGGCACGGGAUCUGUGGACGGCGGAGCAGUGGCUGCAGGGGCUCCAGGCCGAGAAAGUGCUGAGGGUCCCCCUCCCUUGUAUAACACCAACCAUGACUUCAAAUUCUCUUACUCGGAGAUCAAUUUUCAGGAUCUGAGCUGGUCCUUCCGCAACCUCUACAAAUCCAUGCUGGAGAAGUCCUCUUCCUCCUCUCAGCAUGGCUUUUCGUCUCUCCUGGGGGACAUGCCACCCGCUAACAACUACUACAUGUACCAGCAGCAGCCGCCGCCACCCCAACAGCAGCAGCAGUCGCCACAGCCACAGCCCCAACAGUCACAGCCCCCGCAGCAGCAGGCACCAGCCCAGGGCCCUUCAGCUGUAGGGGGUGCUCCUCCGCUGCACGCCCCAAGCCCCGAUGGCUGUGCCCCCCCCGGGGGGAAGCAAGCUGGGGCUGAAGGCUAUGGGCCUCCCUCUUUGAUGGCCAUGCACCCACCCCCGCUGCAGCACGGAGGCUACCACCCUCAUCAGCACCAUCCCCACUCCCACCCUGGCCAGCAGCCGCCGCCGCCACAGCCACAGGCACAAGGCCAGGCUUCUAUCAACAGUACUGGUUUUGCCUUUCCUCCUGACUGGUGCUCUAAUAUCGACUCCUUAAAGGAAAGCUUCAAGAUGGUGAAUCGGCUCAAUUGGUCCAGCAUUGAGCAGUCACAGUUCUCAGAACUGAUGGAGAGUCUGCGACAGGCAGAACAGAAGAACUGGAGCCUGGACCAGCAUCACAUUGCCAAUCUGUGCGACUCCCUCAACCACUUCCUUACUCAGACUGGUCACAUGCCCCCCCAAGGGGGCUCCCACCGGCCACCAGCCCCUACCCGUAUUACUGACUCCUGUGCCCUCACAAGUGGCAAACAGGAGCCAGCCUUGAACCAAGUGAACUCUUAUGGGCACCCACAAGCCCCCCAUCUCUACUCUAGCCCAUCACCAAUGUACCCAAUCUCCACCCAGGACUCAGCAGCAUACAAUCGCCCAGCACACCACAUGGUCCCUCGGCCGGCGGUUCCACCUCCUGGUGCCAAUGAGGAGAUCCCUGAUGACUUCGACUGGGACUUGAUCACUUAGUGCAUCGUAGAGUGUGACUCUCAGCCCAGGGCGGGCCGGUGAUGUCUGGCAGUGGGGAAAGAGCAGCCCCAGCCCACCCUUUCCCCCCUUGCCUGUAUAUAGAUAUAUAUUCUCUUUUUUUUUUCUUUCUCUGUCAGAGAAGUCACCGCAAGAUGCUGCCGAAGAUAACCCCUCUUACCUGCCUCAUUCUUCCUCUUUCUUCUUUGUUUCCUAAUUCUUUUAUUAUUAUCCUUAUUAUGUUAUUAUUAUUAUUAUUAUUGGUUGUAUGCGGUCCCCUGUCUCCUGUUCCUAUACUGUCGACCAUGUGCACCCCUUGCUAAUUUAAAAUCAUCCGGCUGGAAGGUGAGGCCGUGAUAGCUACAGAGAAAGGUUUCAAACUUGGAUUUACCUUUCCCUCUGAGAAAUUCAAUGCUAAUCCCACCUUUCAGCCCUAAAUUUUUUUCUGUUCUCGUCAAUUCAGUCCAGGACUGAAGAGGCCACAUUUUCAAGUAGAAGGGAUCUCUAACACUGCUUGGCAGUCAUGACUUAGCAGGUUUUACUCAAUGGUGCUAAUUUUGUCCUUUGAGCUCUUCCUUGUCCCUUUAUAUCUUCCAUUCUUACUUCUGGCAAUCCUCAUUCCCCUUCAAGGAAAGGCAUGAUGGUGGUGGUGCUGGAAGGUGACAAUAAAACCUGAGUAGAAUAAGAGGCUGGGCUGGGUGGAGUAGAAUUCUGCAGCAGGGCAGUGGAAUUUAAAACAUUUGGGAAUUGGUGUGUCAUACUAUGUCAAAUGAAAGUCCAGUGGCUCAUUCCUAGGCCGUCCUCUGUGGGAGAUGGGGUGGGUCUGAGCCAGAACUCUGCUGCUGUGGGAGCGGGGAGGACAACUAUUCAGCACAGGUUUAGCUUUUUGGAGAUGUUUUCAGUUUAACCAUUUUGGCUUUUAAAACAUGAUUUUCUCUGAAAAUUAACUGUGGCUCUUCUCUGCAUUUACUUCCACCCCCAUUAUUCUUCAAUCCCCAUUUCCCAUUCAGCAAAAUAUUAUUUUGUCCUCCUAUGGUUGUUUGCUCAACUCUUCUUCUCACCUUGUUUUCUUGCCUCAUUUCCUACCACUCUUAGUUUCAUCGUGUUUUAGGACAGGAUGGGAAUCUUUUUCCCACCCAUCACAGAGAACCAAACCGAACUGGUGGUAGGAGGGUGGGGAAAGGAAAAUGCAGCUAGCAUUGACAUGGAAGGGAAUAUUUCAGUUACUUAACUAUGUAGGCAAAUGCUUCUGUUGGAAUCCAGAUCAUUGGGGCUGAAACUUUUGUGAUGGUCUCUUGAGGGGCGAAGGCAUUGGUAGUGGAGAGUAAAUAAUCUAGAGGGAAGUAUUCAAUGAGGGCCAAGGGAAGACCCCAGAAAAAGGUAUAGGGAUAACUUAUCUCCUUGAACAAGGAGUGGCCAUGAUUGAUUGCUGCAAAGUACUCAGUGUAUAUAUGAUGUUAAUUAUUGAAUUUUACUCAUGGGGGAAAGAACAGUUUUACUUCUGUUUUUAUUUCUCUGUUUAGUGUCUGAAAGCUACAGGACAAAUGUAUGGAAUGGACAGGGCCACUCUCUCUUUGAUUUCUGCUUUUUUUUUUUUUUAUAAUAUUCUUUUAUUUACUGAUGAUUUCCAAGAGAUUUAUCUUUCUACUCUCCUGCUUUUUUUCCCUCUUCCACCCCUUUUCUCUGUAAGGGGUUAUACGUGGGCGUUUGUUGAAGUCUAGUGAGGCUGAAGUAAAGGGGCAAGAAAGGGCAGUUGACUAAAGAGCACUUUAUUUCUUUGAAGUUCUUGUACAAGGUAGGGGUGUGAGUGACUUGAAUCCCCCUGUUGUGUUAGAGGGCAGUUAGUGGGGUUGAAGAAUGAUGUAAUAUUUCCCAUUGGGGAAAGGAGAAUUUCUCUUAAGAGGGCGGCACAAUGCCUUCGCCCAGUGUUCCUAUUUCGGGCAUCUCUUCCUUAUUCCUUCCAAUCAAGGUGCCUCUUGCACACAACCUCCCAUCUGUUCUCCCUAAGAUGCCCCCUUUACCUAUGAUCACUUCUCUUUUGUAAACCCCUUUUCUACUCAGAUCCAGACAGGGUUUGCAAGGGUAGACUAAAUCAUACAUGUCAGUAUCCCUUGUUUAUAAUUCAUCUGUGUCUUAAAGGAAAACUAAGCCCCAUUAGGAACUCUGGUGGGCUGCCAGAGUAACUGAAAUUUGGGGUUAGGGCUGGAGAUCAAGCCUGCUGGGACUUUGGGUCCCCUCCACUAAACUCAGCCUUGCUCAGUGGCACAGGACAAACCUGAGCCUCUUUGGGCCUCAGUUCCCCGCCCCUCCAUGAAAUGGAAGAAUACUACUUUUUCUUGUUGGUUCAGCAUUGCUGGACUUGAAGUAUAGUCAUUGUUAUUGUAUUGGGUGAUGUGUGCAAAACUGCAGGAGCUCACUGCCUGCAAGAGCAAAUAAGGGAGAAAGUGGAGGAAAGGGACAGAAGGAGCAAUUGCUUGGUAUAGGUUCACCCAUCCCUGCCUUCCUCUCUUCAACCCCGAUGUUUCUGGUUUGGUGAGUCCUUCCUACCACCCAAAAUGCUUUGCAUCGGUGCAGGCUGGGAAGGGGGGUAUGGUCUCACAAUUGUUGUUGUUGUUUUUUGCAUGCUUUCUUAAUAAAAACAAAAAAGAA